GUUUAUCAUAUAUGCAUAGUCACUUAAACUAUAUAUUCAUGUACAUACUACCUCAAUUUAGCUGACCAACCAGUGCUCCCGCACAUUGGCUAACCGGGCUAUCUACAUUGUGUCCCACCCACCACCGCCAACCCCUCUUUUACGCUACUGCUACUCUCUGUUCAUCAUAUAUGCAUAGUCACUUUAACCAUAUCUACAUGUACAUACUACCUCAAUCAGCCUGACUAACCAGUGUCUGUAUGUAGCCUCGCUACUGUAUAUAGCCUGUCUUUUUACUGUUGUUUUAUUUAUUUUCCCUACCUAUUAUUCACUAUUGGUUAGAGCCUGUAAGUAAGUAUUUCACUGUAAGGUCUACACCUGUUGUAUUUGGCACACGUGACAAAUAAACUUUGAUUUACACUCUCUGGGGCCCUUGGGAUGUCCCUACCUCUAAACUCUAACCUUACAUUUCAACUUCAAUGUGGGGGGUAGGGACAUCCCCAGGAUUCCGAAUAGCAAGUGGCCUUUACACAAGGGACCAUCGUGUACAAGUUACAACACUACCAUCUAGUGGCCAAUUGAAUAUCAGUUGAACCGUUUCAAAACAUUCCGAAACGUGUCGACUUGCUUGAACAUACCACGGAAGUGUGAGACAAACGUUGAGCGGUAUGUCCAGUCAACCAGUUUAUUUAGUGAGCAUUUUAAUUUUAAAACGCUGUGUUUAUUUUUACUGCUAAGGGAUAGCCAACGUCUUAAAACAGACGCCGUUAAAGUGAAAUAUGCCUCGGAGAAAGAGGAAUGCUGGGAGCAGCUCCGAGGGCACUGAGGAUUCAGACUUCUCUGCUGACCAUGAGCACACAGACAGAAUCGAGACCUAUGGGAGAACACGGAGGAACACGCGCCUCACCCGGGCAUCGCUGCGACUCAGCCAAAGUUCUCAAGAUUCCAGCCCUGUCCAGAUCAGCCCAGCAGAGGUGGUGACCUUCUCUGCGCGGCGUGUGACCCGUAGCCGUAGUCUGCAGCAAGGGCCGCCGGUCACCCCCAAGAAAUACCCUCUGCGCCAGAGUCGCUCUUCGGGGUCGGACACGGAGCAGCAUGUGGAGGACCUGAAGCGAGCAGCAGACCAGGACGAGUCUCCGCCCCGCACCCCAACAGGGAACGCCCUCUCAUCGGAGUCGGACAUUGACGUGUCCAGCCCUAACGCCUCUCCUGACGAGUCUCUGGCCAAGGAGCUGUCACUCAAAGACUCUGGCAGCGACCUCUCCCACAGGCCCAAGCGCCGUCGCUUCCACGAGAGCUACAACUUCAACAUGAAGUGCCCCACACCAGGCUGCAACUCCCUGGGCCAUUUGACAGGGAAACAUGAGAGGCACUUCUCAAUAUCUGGCUGCCCUCUCUUCCACAACCUCUCUGUAGAUGAAUGCAAGACGAGGGCCUCCUCUCGUGACAAACAGGUGGAGGAGCGGACGUUGUCCCACCGGCAGGAUGAGAACAGACACGCUACCCGUCACCAGGCCCCAACGGAGAGACAGAUGAGGUACAAGGAGAAGGUGACGGAAAUGAGGAAGAAGAGGAACUCGGGUCUGCUAAAAGAGCAGAAAGACCAGUACAUGGAUCACCGGCAGUCCCACGGCAACAACCGAGAGCCCCUCCUGGAGAACAUCACAAGUGAUUACGACCUGGAGCUCUUUCGAAAAGCCCAGGCACGUGCUUCGGAGGAUCUUGAGAAGCUGCAGGGCCAGGUGGCGGAGGGCAGCAACAUGAUCAAGACCAUCGUGUUUGGCCGCUACGAGCUGGACACCUGGUACCACUCGCCCUACCCCGAGGAGUACGCCCGCCUGGGACGCCUCUACAUGUGUGAGUUCUGCCUCAAGUACAUGAAGAGUCUGACCAUCCUGCGCCGGCACAUGGCCAAGUGUGUCUGGAAACACCCACCAGGGGAUGAGAUCUAUCGAAAGGGAAACAUCUCCGUCUUUGAGGUGGACGGUAAAAAGAACAAGAUCUACUGCCAAAACCUGUGCCUUCUGGCUAAGCUCUUCCUGGACCACAAGACCCUAUACUACGACGUGGAGCCAUUCCUCUUCUACGUCAUGACAGAGGCUGACAACACCGGCUGCCAUCUUGUUGGCUACUUCUCAAAGGAGAAGAACUCGUUCCUGAACUACAAUGUCUCCUGUAUCCUCACCAUGCCACAGUACAUGAGGCAGGGCUACGGAAAGAUGCUGAUUGACUUCAGUUACUUACUGUCUAAAGUGGAGGAGAAGGUGGGCUCUCCAGAGCGGCCCCUCUCAGACCUGGGCCUAAUCAGCUACAGGUCCUACUGGAAGGAGGUGCUGCUGCGCUACCUCAACCAGUUCCAGGGGAAGGAGAUCUCCAUCAAGGAGAUCAGCCAGGAGACAGCCGUCAACCCAGUGGACAUCGUCAGCACCCUGCAGUCCCUCCAGAUGCUCAAGUACUGGAAAGGGAAGCACCUGGUCUUGAAGAGACAGGACCUAAUCGACGACUGGAAAGCCAAGGAGACCAAGCGUGGCAGCAGCAAGACUAUUGAACCCACCGCCUUAAAGUGGACCCCACCUAAAGGAACAUAGGACACCCCUCCCCCUACACCAUACCACGCCAACUCUCCAACACAAUGACAUGGGUUCAAAGCUCACUGUCAGAAUAGUUUACUUCAAACUACUUUUUGAUCAGUAUUAUUGAGAGUCCUAACCAGGCUUAAGUAGUAGAUCAUAAUAUCAAGAAGAAUACUAAUGGUGGGUUGCUUGAAACCAGACCCUAGCUUUCCUCACAUGACUUCUCAGUAGAACCGUGUUAACCUAGUGAGCCAGUCAGUAUGUAUGGAAAUAUAGCUGUCUUUCUGGGGAGGGGUUGAGGUAACACAACAAUGUAUCCAUGUGUCUUGAUUGUCUUUAGUGUUUCUGUUUGGUUUUCGCUUUAUUUUAAUUUUUAAUUUUUUACUUAUGUUUGGUUUUACCACUGUUUUAAGCUGUUUUGGCUAAUGUCCUUUUUUAAGCUAUUUUAAAUUUGGCUUCCUGAAAGAUUGCCAAUUCCCUUUCUUCCCCUUCUCUCCACAGUGUGCACUCUCUUUCAAGUAUUUAAAAGCAUCGGACUGGUGAAAACGUUGGCUGGAGGAAGUUCCUUACCCCAAUCCCUUCCUUUUAAAUCCAUGAGGGAGAGUGCACAAGUAAACAUUUUGGGAGAGAAGAAAAAAGAACAGAACUGGAAUUUGCAGUCAGGCUUUGUCUGAGGCCGAAGUACGAAUUUGAUGUGAAGUUCAAGUCAUGCUGUCAAUAUAUUUAAAUGAUAGAGAGAAGAUUUUAUGGUACAGGUUUGGCAAGACAAAGUAUAUUUGAAGAAAGUUUUUAAAAUGUGCAGGACUGGUUUCCUAGCCGUACUGAGAACUAGAUUUGAACGUGUCAUUAGAAGAGAUUUUCUCUAACAUGUUGCAGAGGAACAAUGCAUGUAGUACCCAACAAUAGAGACAUUUGUUUUGCAUUGUGGUCAACCCAUUUUAUGUCAGUUUAUGUGUAUAAGGAUCAAAUAAUGGAUUUUUUUUCACCAACAUUUUGAAUUGCUGCAAAUGUUACUGACUGCUAGACUGAUUGUCCAUAUACAUUAGAUGAAACCAGAAAUUACCUCCAUCUGCUGUGUGUGUGUGUAUAUAAAGAUUUAGAGUUUCCACAGCAACGUAUGGCCCUCAUCUCAAGAAUUUAUAGCCACAAUAGGGCAAUAAAUAUAUAAAGUGCACAUCUUUAUAGUUGCAGAAGAAAUGGCCUUUACUGACCAUAUGUCAAGUGAACUCUUUAUUAACAUCGUAAAAGGAUUCACAAACUUCCCUGUCAUUCUGAAAUCGUGUUAAUGCUUGUGUAGAGUUUUUAUUCAGUUGUGUUUCUGGGUUGUUUUUGUUUUUCUUGUGUAUUUAAAAAAAAAUAAGCUAUUUGAUCUGUGCAUUUGUAUGUCAUGGGGGAGUAACAAAACAAGCUCAAUCUGAGAGGAGGUAUUUCUUCAACGCUGCCAAAUAGACUGUAUAUUUCACUGUCAUAUUUCAAUGGAUCCAGGUUUGAAUUAAGAAAGUAAUUCUCCAAUAAUAUGGCAUUUAUGAUUAUUUUCAGAAUUUAAGCACUCGUGUUGAAGUUUUGGAUUUCCAAUUUAAAUUGCAUGUUAAAAUAGUUUUGGGCCAGUCAGGCUUUAUUCAUUCCUUCUGCUUUUGAAUGUUAAGUGAAAGGCCUUGAAAUAUACCUGCCCAUCAGACUGUUUACUUCCUUAUUUUGACUCUCUAAAACUAGAUUGUACACUGUCCACUAUAUUUUGUGGUAUGAUUUUGAUUUAGUUGCAAAGUUCAUGGUUCUUCAAAGAGUCUGUAUAAUGUCAGCAUCUUUGGCAUGAAUAGAUGCUAACUUGGCCUAACAUCACACAGAGGUAUUAUAGCAGGUCAACUUGCAGCUCAUUUCACUGUAUAUUUUAUUGGAACCUGAGAACACUGCUACAACAGGUCAACUGUUAAUUUCCCACAAACAAUUAUCUUCCUUUACCUCUGCCUUUCAUAUUUUGCCUCCCAACAUGUUGAUGUGGUCUGUGUUGUCUUGAUGCUUCCUCCUGUGCCUGUCAUGGCAGCUAUAGAAAGCAACUCCAGAACAGCUCAGUUUAUCUGAAACCAGUGUGUGUGGUCAUAAUGUUCACCUUCAUACAAGCAGUUGUUCUUCAAUAAGCUAUCAAAAGAGCAGUAGACCACUGUAGCUACACAGCAGUACCUCUGUACAGCAUUAAUAUGUAGAUAAGUUGUGUGCACCUGCUUUUGUACUUGCUUCCUCUCCAAUAAAUCUGAACUCCAAAAUGUCUUGA